AAGUAACCAAUUUUAUAUUUUUUUUCCCCAGGUAGGAGUGGCAACCGCUUCGAUGAUCGUUUAUAUUGCAGGCGUGAACCAGUUAAAUGAUGUUGAAAUUGACAAGAUAAACAAACCAUAUCUCCCACUAGCUUCUGGUGACUUCUCAAUGGAAGCUGGAAUAGCUAUUACUUCUGCAGCUCUGUCGAUGAGUUUGGUUAUGGGGAUUAUGUUAUCUCCAGCACUUUUUUCUGGCAUGUUAAUGUUUGUCCUUAACAUGACUAUGCAUGCAAUUGAUGUACCUCAAUCAAUUGAUCUCAACAAUAAAGCGUCAACAACUUCGUUUUACUUGUUCAUCUGGCAGUUAUACUCUGUUGGGUGUUUCCUUGCACUGUUUGUUCGCUGAGAAGAUCUGAAAGUUUGAAGUGUCUUUGACCUCUCUGUCAAUCUAUGUCAAUUAUCUUUUUUUUUUUUUUUUGAAAAGCAAAGGAAUUUUAUUAUGUGAGUACAAUAAGUACUCAAAUCCAUU